GUCAAAGACCUAAUUCAGCCUUUAAUUUUCUCUUCAAUUGGGGUCCCUUUCUCUAGAUUUCUCGCUCCUCCGCCUACGAUAUGUCAAAGGUUAAGCUAGCGGAAAGUCUACCCACGAAAGGUGCCAUUUUCUGCAGUUCUUUGGGCUUUGUACUGCAAGCUACGGUUGUCGAGGUCGCCAUUGUUGCUACAAAGUCUGUCGCAUGCUUGCUCAUGAUGAUGGGAACUCUGCCUAAUGGAAUUAUUGUCUUCAAUCAAGAGCCUGAAGCAUAUGCAGGGUUUCCGCUUGUUCAGAUUAUUCCAAUGACUAAACCUGGUCCUGAGAACAAGGAUGCCAGCGACACUGAGGACGACGACGAUGAGGAUGAAGAUGAAGCUGUGGAUGAACAAGAUGAAGAUGCAGGCGAGGAAGAUGAAUCUGGUGAAGAGGGUGAAGAGGAAGGGGAUCCAGAGGAUGAACCCGAGGCCAAUGGUGAUGGUGGCAGUGGAGAUGAGGAUGAGGAAGAUGAAGAUGACGACGACGACGACGACGAUGAGGGCGAGGAGGAGGAAGAGGAACAGGAGGAAGAAGAUGAGGAUGAAAAGCUUCAGCCACCAGCUAAAAAGCGGAAAUGAGCUCAGAUCUUCCCUUGUUUUUUUUUUUAUUUAAGAAUUUUCCUUACUGAGGUUAGGGGUACGGUGUAGCGGGAAGUUAUGAUGGGUGCCUGUCUAAAUUAGAUUAGUUAAGAUUAUGACAUUUCUGCAAAUCAAACUUGUUUACUCUUUGCCUGUAUGCAAUUCCGGUAUCAUUAUAUAAGCUCUGCUUCAUUCUUCUCAA